AUGCUUUACCUCGUUAAGUUGAGAGUGCUAAUUCCCCAAGCUGGAGUCUCCGUGCAAGUUACUGUCUGCUUUGGUUCCUCUCUUCUGGCCUUUGAAACGUUGAUCUUAGCCUAUUUUGCAUCCCUCCCGCUGGCCAAGACCAGCCAGGGCCCUUUCUCCAGGCUGGAGAACGUGGGUGCCUUCAAAAAGGUCUCUCUCGAGCCAGCCCAGGCCACGAGUAGACUUCCAGCUUGAAGCACCUUCUGUCUCAGCUCGGCCAGCCAGCCCAGACAGCAUCCACUUCUGUACCAGCGGCUUUUCACCCAGGGUUGCCCACACGGGUCUGCCCAGCUCCCUACCUGGCUCACGGGAUGCACCCCGCAGCAGGAGGACCUGCUUCCCAAAGCCCCGAGCCAUUCUAGUUUUGUUUUUGAAAGUGCCAAGAAUUGUACCUUUCCUCGUCCUCCUCCUCCUCCUCCUCCUCCUCCAAGGCUGGCAGCAUCAUGUACUUUACCUGUGUAGUUGAAGCCUGAGCAAGAAGGUGUAGUGUGUGUCGUAGAAAAGGUGUCGGAUGGGCAGACUGUGUUCAAACUUACGAUCUCUGCGUAAGAGGCCAUGUUUUAUUACCAUACAGUAAAUGGUUUGCAGCCUCCAAUAAAAGUAAUGACACUGGGGAGAAUUCUUGUGAAGAAAUGGAUUCAUCUCCAUGUGCAGGUCCAUCAGGCAAAAAUCAGUUUCUUCAUCAGUGGUUUGGAGAAGGACAAUAGAGAUUUUGAUGCAAGAACUCAACUCUUAAGUGGUCCAAUUACAGAGUUUGCCUCUGGUACUAUGCAAAUUGAACGGGAUUUUAAUAAUGAUGAUGAUCGUGAUAAAAAUGUCACUUGGUUCCAAAUACUGCACUAUGUUUAUAUCGCCUGUACUAAGGCUGGGUCAGAACUUGAAGGCAUCGUGUUGAGUGAGGUUCAGAAUGGUUUGUUGGAAGGAUGCAAGAUUUCUGAUGGUACUGAGGAGCACAAACAGUUGAAAAGGAUCAAUGAGCUCUUAAAGGAAGCUGCCGUUCCAUCAAUAAGUAGCUGUCCAGUGCGGGUAGAGGAGAAGUCUUCAUCUUCACCUGUGCAGCAAGACUGGCUUCCAGCUGAGGAACCACCUGCACUAUCUGGAAAGGUGACCCUGGAAGAAGGCCUAGAAGUACGGCUGAAUGUGGACACCCUUCCUCUGAGUUUUUUGAAUGGCAAUGAUGUUGGCACAUCCUGGGUUUUUCGUGUGUUUGUGAACAUCACGCAGCUUAACCAAGGAGUGAUCAUCUCCAUCGACUUGGAAAGUGGACGGUAUCAGGUGAUUUCUCCAGUCCCAGCCAACAGCAAUAAGGACUCAAAGGACUCAAAGGAGGAAGGAAGACAGUUGACACUGGGAGGACUGGCAGUAUUUUGGGAAUGGAAAAUCCAGGCUUGGUCAAAUGUCUUCAGUUUGUCAAGAUACAAUACCUUCUCCCAUACUCCAUUUCUUCAAGAGUUUGCCAACGCCACACAAAUCAGGCUGCAUUUCCACAGACAGUACCACACCAUGGCCACCGUCAGUCACAGACACCAAUACUAUGCUGUCAGUGAGGUCAACUUUACUGGGAGGAGCUGUGAGCUGUGUAAAGGAUUCCUUUUUCCCAGGAGUUGGGCAGAUCCUGCCUUGGGACUGGAUGUGUGCAGACCCUGCAGCUGAUCAGGUGGUGCUAGAAAUAGCGGCGCUCUCUGCCGUCAGAUUGGAGGCCAGUGUGAUUGUAAGAGGCAUGUGUCUGGCAGAUGGUGUAAUCAGUGUCGGGAUGGAUUCUACUUCCUCUGCAAGUCGGAUCCUGAAGGCUGCUUGCCCUGUGACGGUAACCCCUCUGGGACAGUGGAUGGAGACAUUAUUACCUGUCACCAAAUUUUAGACCACUGCCACUGCAAAGCCAACGUCAUCGGGCUUAGAUGUGACCACUGCAAUUUGGGAUUUAGAUUUCUCCAGAGUUCCAUCAAGGAUGGGUGUGACCUCCAUGGCUCCAUGACCAGAUUCUGCAACCCUGUUUUGGGGCAGUGCCAAUGCAAAGCAGAAGCCUGAGGACUUCACUGUGACACCUGCCGAGAGUAUUUUUAUGGACUCAGUGUCACUGUGUGUCAGACCUGUGACUGUCAUCCUGCUCUCUCUCUCCCUGGAAGCAUGUAUGGCCCUAAGAAGACGUGCGCCCGCAAGCCUCAUGUCAGAAGGAGACAGUGCCAUGGAUGUUUGGAUGGCUGCUUCCAGCUCCUGCAAAGCCACUCGAUCUUCUGCGCACCAUGUAACUGUGAGAGUCCAGCACUCUGUGGCUCUCUGUCACAAGACAAGUCAACAGGACAGCAUCCUUGCAUAGGAGUCAUGGGUCUGCACUGUGGCCAGCAUGAGCCUCGAAGCUACAAUGUGACCGGUGGCAGUUUGCAGUGCCAGGAAGGCAAGACUGACUCUUCAGGGUCAUCACCUGGGACCAUUUGCGACCCAGACCCAGGCCGUGGCCAGUGUCUGUGCUGGCCCAGUUGCCGGGGAAGGAGGCACAGCCAGUACCACCAGCCAGAAAAAUCUCACUUGAAUGAUAAUAUCAGCGAUGAUGAUGAUGGUGGUGGCGAUGAUGACUGCUUUUGCCAAGACGUGUCCAUCACUGGGCAGAGUUGUGACCGCGGUGAAGACCUUCACUUUGGAGUUGGCCCUCAGGCUUGAAGACGUCAGCCUUGCAAUUGUCAUUGCUCAGGAGCCUUGAAUGAAACCUGUCACUUGGUCAUGGGCCAGUGUUUCUGUAAAGGAUUUGUCACUGGCUCCAAGUGUGACACCUGUGUUCCCAGUACCGGCCACUUGGAUGACAACAACCCCUUCAGCUGCAGCGAAAUGCCAAUCCACAAACCUCCACCCAGAGGACAAGUUCAAAGUUCUUCUACUAUCUAUCUCUCCUGGAGUCCGCUGGACUCUCCAAAUGGCCACUGGCUUACUUAUCAUUUAUUCAGGGAUGGUUUGGAAAUCUACCCAACUCAAGACCAGUACCCUUACAAUAUCCAGUCCUUCUCAGACACUGCUCUGUUUCCAUAUACCUUGUAUCCCUAUUACGAGGUCACCGAUGUGCAUGGUUCAGUGAAAGUCCCAGUCACCUACAGGACUACACCAGGAGUCCCAGAGGGAAGCCUGAACUCAAGUCACGCUGCUGUUGGCUUAGACUCUGUAACACUCACCUGGACUGCACCCUCAAAUCCUUCAGGCUCUGCUGAGUAUAUUUUGUCCUGUGCUUCUCUAGAUGGGACUCACUCCUGCACCCUCUCUCUACGAAGGUCAAGAAAGCUCAACUGCCAUCUGCUUCUGUCCGCCAAGUACUGCUUCUCUGCGCAGGCCUGCACUAGCGGGGUCUGUCUCUCAGUACCCCCAAACUAGACCAUGGCUCAGAUAGGUCCUUAAGGACAGGAUGUCCACAAGGUGUGGAAGAUCAUCCCUACAGAGUUUCAUGUAGAGUGGGCUCCCCCAGCGGAGCCUAACGGGAUAAUUAUAAGAUAUGAACUGUGCAUGAAAAGUGGAGAAACCCCAGCAGCAGAACGUCAAGUAUUUCUGAGUGGUGGUUGGCUCAAACCUCAUCCUUUUGCAGAAUUAGACAAUGGAGAUGCAUUGAAGCCUGGCUGACAGCCAUAUGCUAAAUACACUUUUGGAGUCAUAGCAGAGAACAUGGUGGGCAGUGUGUCUUCUACUUGGACUUCAGGAAGAACAAGAGAAUCAGGGCCAACACUCAUGUUUUGGUUCUGUUCCUAUUACCAGCGCCUGUGUCCAUGCCUGCCCUUUGGUCUCUCCUCUGUCCCACACUCUCUCAGUAUUUCCUGGGAGACACCAGCAGACAGUGGUGCCAGAGGCACGGUUGUGGGGUCCAACAUCAACAUGAGUUCUGAACAGCCUCCUCCCGCAGUACUUUUGCAGAGGUUGGCAAUAAUUCCCUUGGUCUGGAUUCAUGGGAAGCUGACUGCCAAGCCUGUACUUCUCACGCUGCCCAUCUCUUUUCUGGCUUUGGUCACCUUGAAGGUGCCGUACACUGCAAAUCCCCAAGAACUGUCCUGUGUCGUGGGACUAAGACCCAACAGGACAAAUAACUUCAUCAUUUCUCUCUGCAGCUCAGUUGGCUGUGUGACCAGCUCACCAGGAGCAGGACAGACAUUAGCAGCAGGGGAGAGAGUCUGAAAAGACGUGAAAAUAUGUCAUGUACUUGUAAACAAGCGCCUACAAAAACUCAACACCUUCUGUACGCUGGUCUAAUACUUGUCUUUUCUGCCCUCGCCCACUGUCUCAGUCAUCUUGAGUUUCACCUCAUAUUCCAUCAUUAAAAAAAAAAAAAAAAAAAGCUUAAG